UAAUUCAGGAAUAAUACGUUAUUACCUUGGCCGAUUACAAUUUAUAAAUAGCUGGUUCUUUUUUUAAAGAUAUUUUUAAGCGGGAAAUUAUACGUAUCGUCAGUAGUAAUUAUUACAUACUUUCUUUUGUUUUAUCAACUUUUCCUCAAUAUUUUAACUUGUACAAAAUAACUCAUUCUUAGUCCUAAUACCGGAAUAGUAUUGACUGAUUAAUAAUGUCAACUCUUAAAAAGUCUGCGAAAUCCAAGUUCAUAUCAGAAGACUUGAGUGAUUUUAUAAAUGAGUCUCAAUUUUUAAACGAUUCACCAAAAACCAAGAAGCAGCAAAAAAGGCAACGAAAUGAAACUGCUGAAAAAGAUAAUACUAACUUAAGUCUUCAUGCGAGUGUCAUUAAAAAGAAAAAAAUUAAUGAAGGUGUUGAAGCAUGUGGAGAGUCACGACAAAAAAUACUAAAUGUAAUGAGUCAACAAUUAGAAGCAAGAAAACAAAUUAAUGAAAAUUUAUUAAAAAGUUUGUCAGAAGUUCUUACUCACUUUGAGACAGACUAUAAUGCCUUGAAAGAAAAUGAGCAGAAGAUAGAACAUCUUACUGGGUCAUUUAUGAAAUGUAUACAACAAGCCACUGCUGCUCAUAAGCAAAAACUAAGAGCCUUUAAAGAAAUCCAUUCCACUUUUAAAAAAGAAUGCGAAGAAAUGGAAGCAGAACAAAAAGCAGAAGUGGAUAAACUAGGAGAUGAAUUAGAAGAGGAUAUUAAUAAGUUGAAACAAAAAUUAAUAUCAGAAACCAAGCGUAGCGGAUGGGAAACUUUACGAAGAUCUUUCCUGCAAGCUAUGCAGAAUGAUUUUUAAAGUUUCUCUUGAUAAAAUUUUAUUAAUUAUAAGAAUAAAUUACUGUAAAUUGAAAUGAAUUUCAAUUGAAACAUACAAACUCAAUUCUCUAUACCUAAUUAAAUAAAUAAAAAAAAAACAUUAAGAACUGCAAAGAUGUUGUUUAAUAUUUCAAAAAUGGAAUGGAAUUUUCAUUUCCACCUUGGUCGUGAUGGCACGGUUUAUGGCACAUUUUCAGUAAUAAGUUGGGUAUUUCUUGCAGUGUUGUUGUCUGUGAUCAGAGGUGAACACUUUUCAUUCACCAUUUUUCCUAAUGAAUAACAUAAAAAAAAAACAAUCAAUCAAAACAUCAUCUUCAACAAGGUCUUGUUAAUAUUUGAAUUUGCAGUAUAAAAUAUUGUUUUCAAUUGAUGUGCAGGGGACGGAAUUACCUUGCUCACACUGGACACUGCUAGUAGUGAAUAAAAAUAAAACAGAAUGCACUCGAAGGACUAUCU